AUGCUCAGAGGGAGCUGCGUGAGAUCGGGCCUGUCCCUCUGCAGGAGGGAUCUUCCAAAGUGGUCCAAACAUCGUCUGGGGGCGUCAGAAGCACGACGUCGGAGUUUUGGAUUUGUUGAGCCCAGCAAAACCCGAUUCUCUCCAAGGGGGCCCGUCCGUGGGCACCCCCCAGCCUUGCCGCGCACAACAGACGAUGACACAGACGAGGAGAGGCAGGCGGCCCUGAAGUGUGUCGUGGAGGCCCUGAGCGCCCAGCAGAUUGCGCUCUUGGAUGUGGUCGUCGCUCUCGAGAGUGCGCUCAGCGCGCAGGCGGCCCCGUCGGAGAGGCGCAAUGCGGUGGUGCUGCUGAGGGACUGCCUGCUGCAGGCGCAGUUGCGCCUCAACUUCAAGCACGUGUCGGUGCUGGUGACGUUCUUCUGCUCCAAGAUUACCGACUGGCAGUGCGUCGAGGGUGCAUUGGGGGGGCUGCUGGCGCUGAUGCAGCACCACGGGCCUGUGCUGCGGACGCUGAAGAGCGACGACGACGAGCCGAUGGUGACGCGCAUUGCCGCGGCGGUCUUCAAGGAUGUGCAUACGCCCUCGCAUGGGCAGGCUGGACGCAAGCUGUGCUUGGACUUCGCGUACUUGCUGCUGAGGGAGUGGCGCGGGGAGGCAGUCGCCCUGGGCCCCAAGCUGGGCGAGGCGAUCAGCGGGAUGAUCGAGGAGGAGCGCGACCCCAGGAAUUUGUUGCUGUCCUUUGCCAUCGUGCCCGCUCUCUUCGAGUGCGAGGCCUCUUGCGCGUCGGAGCAGACGAUCACCGCGAUCUUUGAAACCCUGAGCUCCUACUUCCCCAUCACCUUCACGCCAGCGAAGGACGACAAGGUGGGCAUCACCGGCGACGACCUCCGCGAGGGGCUGCGCCGCGCCCUGGGGUGCUCGGCCCGCCUCGCCGGCCUCGCCGCUCCCUUCCUCCUGGACGCCGCCCGGGACGCCCACGGCGGGGAGGCGGCGGACGCGCCCGCGCAGGCCUGCAGCACGCUGGGGGCGUGCCUGGAGAUGUGGGGGCCGAGCGUGGCGCAGAAGUACGUCGGGGAGGUCCUGAAGACCGCCGAGAACCAGGUGUGCCGCACCUUCAGUCCAGACGCGGGGGAGUUCUCGUCCUUGGCGCGGCGGGCGCUUGCGGCCGCCAUGAAGGGCACGCCGGCAGGCCUGUACCCGGCCUGGCUGGGGAAGGAGGUGGAGCCUCACCUGAAGGCCAGGGCCGCGGACGCGGCGAAAGGCAGCAGCUCCCUGGCCUCGGCAGGGUCGCGCCAGCUGCUGCUGGCGGCCGCUGCGGCACACCCCGCGCUGCUCGACCGCGUCUGGUCCUCGGUGGUGCCGCUGCUGGUGCCGCCCGCGACGGAGGUCACCGAUGGCGCGCUGUUGCCUCUUGGGUCUCUGGCCUUCGCCUUGGACCUCGCGGGGCUGGCCCAGGGUCCCAACGGCAAGGUGCUGUUGGCGCCGCGGCACGUGAAGCAGCUGCUCGCCGCUGCUCUGGCUACCCUUCUGGCCCUCCCCCCUGGCUCCGACGGCGCCAACUGCACCAGCGCGGCCGCUGCCGAAGACGCCUACGGGCACGGCCACGCGCACGGCGCGGCCGCCGCCGAAGACGCGCACGCGCACGGCCACGCGCACGGCGGCUGCUGCGGCGGCGGCUGCCACGGCUCAGACGACAGCGGGGCCGCUCCAACCGGCAGCGUGGCCACGGCCCUCAGGCUCACCGGCCUGCUGGCACGCCUCGCCGGGGGUGAGGAGGAGUCGCGGCGGGCCUUCCAUGCUCUCCGCCUGGCCCUGUUGCCGCCACUGGCCGAAGAGUCGCCCACCUUCAAGGCCUGGGCCGAAGGCUGGCGGCACGAGCUCCUCGCCGCCCCCGAGGGCGACGCGCGCGCCUCAGCUCUGGUGGACGCCGUCGCCGACGUGGCGGGCGGGCACCCUGCGCACGCCGCAGUGCUCGCGCCGGCCCUGACGCACCUGCAGGCCAGCACUGUACCGCCCUGGCUGGCCACCGAGCUUCCGAGGCUGAUGUCCACGGCGGCCGUCUGCCUGGCGCGGCAGGCCACUGCGGACGGCGCGGGGACAGACGGGGCCGCUGCCGUCACCGCUGGCGAGCUGCUGGAGCGUGCGAUCCAGCUCGCCAGGCCGGGAGGGCGCCCCGCAGCGGCUGCGGCGAAGGCCCUCGUGGCCAUCGCAGCAGCGCUCGAGAACCCUGCGGCUCCCGCUGCGGCCACGGCCUGGGCGGCGGGUCAUCUCGUGACGGCGGCGGGGCUGCCGUCCGAGCUGCCGCGGCUGUGUGCGGGGCCGAGUGGCACGGGCGACGGUGACUUGCAGGAGCUGGCGCCGGCGGCGCGGGAGUUGCUGCGCGCGCUCCUGCUUCGGCUCCCGAAAGAGCAGGGCCGCGUGAUCCGGCGCGGCGUCUUCGAGGCGGUGGCCGCGUCGGAGAAUGAGGACUCCGCGCUGCCGAGCGUGGCGCUCGUGCCAGCGGUCCUGCCCGCUGCCGCCGAAGAGGACUGGGCCGCGUGCGACAGGGCCUUCCCCCGAGUGUGCAGCUGCAUGCUGGCGCUGGAGAGGCCCUCCCUGGAGCCGAUCGCGCUCGACGCGGUGGGCUCCCUGGUGGAGCACUGCCCCGCUGCCCAGGCCGAGCCGCUCGUCGCGAGCCUCCGGGACAGCCUAGGGAAGCAGCUCGGAGCUGGUGCCGGAGCGGUCAACCCCGCGGCGGCGCGCGGCGCGGCGCGUUGUUGCACGGCGGCCGUCGCCGCUCUGCUGCGGCGGGGCGGCUUCGCGGCGGAGGCGGCGGGCUUGUUGGACGUGCUAACGGGGGCGCUGGAUACGGGCUCCGCCUCGCUGGAGCACGUGCCGCUGGGGAUCCAAGUGCUGGCCCCGCCAAACUUCGGCGACUCCGCGCCGCCCCUGCCGCCUGUGGCGCUCCAGCAGCUCUCCCGCACCGUGCUGCCCAUGCUCAUGACCCGCGCGAAGGGCGGGACCGCCAAGGGCGCCGUCGCCACGGAGGCGAGCCGCGCGGCGCUGCAGAGCGCCGUGGCCCUGUUGAGCACGCUGCGCGCCGAGGUGGCGUGCACCGACUGCGCCGAGGAGCUGCGCUGGUGUGCGCUCACCGGUCUGAAGCACCUGGCCGGCGCCUCUUCCGCGCAAGGGCACCCCUCCGUCUUCGCGGCGCAGGUUGUCCAGCUGGCGGUCCGCGCCAUCAGCAGGAACGAGGCGUGGGUGGAGGACGAUCUGCAGUCGGUGGUGCCUCCCCUGGCAGCCCUGUGCGCGACGCACCGGGUGCCCCUCGUGCGGCUGGGGUGCUUGCAGGCGCUUCGGCACCUCUCGCUGCGGUCCUCCGGACACUUGGCACCCUUCAGGAAGCAGAUCGAGCUGGCCAUCAGGAAGGCAACAGAGGACAGGCGGCGCGAGGUGCGCCUGAUGGCCGUAGCUGCGCUCAACGCCUUGCUCUGCGGUAACGCGUCCUGA